GAGCCCCCAAAAGAGGAGACUACUGACACAUUGGAAGAGAAGCGGUACAGAAUGUAAAACAUUUACCAGCAGGAAGGUUUGAAUGGGGGACAAAGGGCAGAAGUGAUAAAUCUCAUGGAGACUACAUACAGCCUUCAGCGUACCCACAUAAAUGCAAUGCCUGCGCCCUCCAUUGAGGAUCUUAAAAGCAAAUGGCCAUACCUUUUUACUCAGAGGGGCAUCUAUGCUCAUUUUGAGCUGUUGACUGAUGUAAAAGUACCUCAGGUUUUGGAGCUUUCUAUACAGGAAUGUGGUCGAGCAAUUGUGGAGUACUGCAGAACUCAGUUAAACCACCAUGCUGUCCAAGCUGUUGUUUCCCACGGUUUGGAAGGGGAUAUGACUUUCCAUGUAGUUCAGCUUCUUUUGGCUCAUUUUGGUGAGAGCCCAGAAGGAUUAAUGAUUCUUGCUGAUGUGUCCUCCACAUCUGCUGACAUUGAGAGAAAGUUCACUCUACCAGCCAGUCCUCGGCUCAUUUUACUUGGAAAUCAGCCCAUGACAAACUGCCACUGGAUGAUCAGCAUUGAGGGGCACGUGGUCUGUGAGAGCACUCAACCGACUUUUGCAUCAGGACUUGCUGCACUGUUUGCAGUGUUCUGCAUUUUCAACCUCCAGUAUCAAGACGAGGCCUCCAAAACCCUGGAAUUCAUUCAAAGGGUUAAACGCAGAGCAGCAGAUGAAGCCCUCAUCCAAGGAUCCACUGAGGAGACCACACUGGGAAUAUAUGUCUUCAAACAAAGAGAUGCCAGUCGGGAACCGGAUAUUGGUAUCAUCCUUGAGGGUCAGGUGGUGUUGCAGGAGUUGGAUAAUGUUGCAUUAGCUACUGCCAUGUUGUUUGGCCUAAUGUAUGCCCUGAACCUGAACUAUCCUCCUGAACUCAAGUACAUCUUCGAAGUGCUUCAGAAGGUGGUCAUGGAGCUGGAAGGCACAACACUUUGCAAGAAAGCCCAAGUGUUACGACCCCACGGGUAA